AUUAUUGUUGAAAAUUGAAAUUAAAAUUCAUUACUUAUAUUGGAAGUUAGGUUAAUCCCUAAGGCUCAUGUUCCGGUGCGCAAGUCAAAUCACCACUAACCGAAAAAGAGAGAAAAAAAAAAAAUCAAAACCAAUGUACAAGGCCAUGAGCUAGGGUUUCAGAAACCAGGGAAAAUCCGUUGAAGCACAUCCAUGGCGAUCAUCGGCGAUGCGCUCCGGCAAGCCUUCAUGCCGAAGCACGAGUACGAUGCGCUCCGCGAAGAAGACAAAGCUUGGAUUCACCUUCAAAGACCACUCUUAAUUUGCAGUUUGGCCAUCGUAACCUUUGCUAUUGUUCUCUCUACGGUCAUUAGUUUGAACAUUGUGUUUCCUGGAAAUAGCGCAAAGCGGCCGUUCUGCGGCGAUCCACGGCUUCAGCAGCUCUCCGUCAGUGCUGCCAAAGGAGGCGAUUCGGAUCUUUUUCCCGGUGCUUUUUAUCUUACGGAUCAAGAAACUGCGGAUUAUUACUGGAUGGUUGUGUUCAUUCCCUCCAUGUUGAUUUUCUUCGCCUCGUCUGUUUACCUCUUGGCAGGAAUGACUGUUGCUUAUUCUGCUCCAACAAGACAUGGCUGUUUAAAGGUGGUUGAAAAUAACUACUGUGCUUCAAAAAGGGGAGGUGUGCGUUGUCUAUCCAUUCUUAACAUUGUGUUUGCUAUCAUCUUUGGUCUUCUUGCACUGUUUCUUGGUUCCAGUCUCCUCACGCUUGGGAGCAGCUGCUCCAUAACCUUGUUUUGGUGCUAUGAGGUUGGGACAUGGGGGCUAGUCUUACUAUAUGGGGGAACUGCUUUCUUCUUAAGAAGGAGAGCUGCCGUAAUCCUAGAUGAAGGUGACUUUGCUGGUAGAAAUCUUGGCCUGGAAAUGUUGGAAGCCAGCCCCUUGGAAGUGAACCCAGAUGUGGAAAGGCGUGUUAAUGAAGGCUUUAAGGCAUGGAUGGGGUCAUCCCUCCUAUCCUCUGAUGAAGAAGAUGAACCCGACAGCUACCAGGAAGUUUUGGCAUCGACAGAGGAUGGAAUUCCAUCCUGGAAUGCUGAAGGCAUCAAUGAUUCUUCCAUGGUCUAACUGGUGUCACACACACACAAACGAAGAGUUGCAAGACAAGGCUGAUAAAACGAGGGGUUGGUAAGCCUCUGUUGAAUUGCUGGUCUGCUGCAUCUCUACCCUCGUAGGUAAAUCUUAUGACUUGUAAAAAAUUUACAGAGCGAAACAUGUACCACUUUUUUAGCUACAUUAAAGGAAAUUGCUCUCUCUCUUGCUGAGCUUGCGUAUUUUACACU